GUCUUCUCCAAAACUGGCCAACAAACCUAACUUCAUUCUUUUCCAAUCUACUUCAUGCUCUAUAGAUGGAUAACUCCAUGAUAUCCAAGAAUAGUGCUCUCUUUUCUGAGGGAAGAUCAGUAGAUUCUACUGAGGAGAGUGGUUGGACUUUUUAUUUGGAGGACUUCUUAUGUGACAAUCAUGGACACAGUCCUUUGUCCUCUGGGAAUGAAAGCCCUUCUCUAGUUUCAGAUGCUGGUAACUCUUCAGUGGCAAAGAAGUUGGCUGAUAAUGAUCAGGCUGUGGGGUUUUCUUUGGAUAAAAGUUGUAAGAAUUUGAGCUUUAAGAAGAGGAAAACGAGAAGAGCAGCAGUUGAUGAUGCUUUGGAGGAUACUGCUAGUUCUCCUGUAAAUAGUCCAAAGGAGAAAGGUAAUAAUUGUGGGCAGACAGAAGAGAGCAUUCAGUCUGAUAAUAUUGGAACUGAUAGUGACCAUACAGAACUGAAGAAAAGGGGGCUUUGCUUAGUACCUUUGUCAAUGCUAGCAAAUUAUUUUGGUUAA